UAAUUUCUGCCUCGUUGGAGGGUGAUGUCAGCAGGAACCCGGACAAGAAAGAAGAAAUACACACGGAGACCUGAACCCGGAGUGUGUGUGUGUGUUUAUACUUCCAUUAUUCCGUUUCAGAUCUGGAAUAAUUUCCGGAAUCAGCGAAAGAUGUCACAGAGUGAUGAGCUGCAGGACACGGAGGCUGCUGACCUGUUCGGCCUUUUGUUUCCUGAUGAAGAUCCUGGAGAUGAUGAUCUCUUUUUCUAUGAUGGGAAAAACCUGAUUGAGGACCCACUGUCUGAUCAGGAUAUUCUGAAUGCAGUAGAUACGGAGGAUUUCCUCAAUCGGUUGUUAGGUGAGGAGGAUGAGGCCUUCACCGCUCCGUGUGUCUCUUUCUCUCCACUGGGGAGCGACAGCGGCAUCUCAGACGACCCGAGCUCGAGUCCUCAGAGCGACAGGGAGUGUGUGAUGGAGUGUGUGAUGGAGGACGUGGUGCAGGGUGUGGUGGAGUGUUAUGAAGCCCAGGUGGUGGAGACUGAUCACUGUUACGCCUUACACAGCGUCUGCACCGACAAACCCAACAGAGACGUCUUCAUCGACCUCGGUAUGAUAUGGACGAGUCUGAGUCCUGAUGUGUCCAGUCCUGAACUGCCCUGCUCUCUUACCAUAGAGGAGUCUACACUGAACUACAAACUUGAUCACACGUUCCAGUUUAAGGAGAUCGAGCUGACAGAUGAGGAACGGCGACUUUUAGACAAAGAGGGCGUGACCAUCCCAACACACAUGCCCCUUACCAAGGCAGAGGAGAGGUGUCUGAAACGGGUGAGGAGGAAGAUCAGGAAUAAACAGUCUGCACAGGAAAGUCGCAAGAAGAAGAAAGUGUAUGUGGAUGGACUGGAGAACAGGGUUGCUGUGUGUACAGCUCAUAAUCAGGAGCUGCAGAAGAAAGUGGAGCUGCUGCAGAAGCAAAACAUGUCUCUGAUGGAGCAGCUGAGGAAACUGCAGGCAGUAGUGAAGAUGAGCACCAUGAAGACCAGCACCACCAGCACCUGUAUCAUGGUUUUCUUGCUAUCUUUCUGUCUGAUUAUUUUUCCCUCCAUCAAUCCGUUCGGCAGCUCAGUCCAGAAGGACACACUGCCUCAGUACAGUGCCUCAACCGGUAUGUCUCGAGCUCUGCGUUCAUAUCCCACUAUGGGCAAAAGUGACGUCUUUAUCGGCCCUAAGGAGGUGGUGGAGGAGGAUUUGGAGGUGCUGAUGGUGAAGAAUGAUCACAUCCUCCUGAACCAGACACCCGACUACCAGCAGCUCGACCAGUCCGACUCCGAGACAGCCGUCAACAGCAACUCUUCAUCCGACUUCCCGUCCAGCCCCAUCACACACCCUCACACACAGACACACACACGCUCUGACCCCGCAGCGCCCCCGGUGGUGUACGACGCUCAGAGCACAGGAAAAGAGAGCUGGCUCGAGCAGACUGCUACUGCGGUCAUUAUACAACAACACCACUCUGACGAGAUGUAAACACACACACACACACACACACACACACACACACACACACACAGGGCUGAGUGGAAUAUAAUUAUCUAAUACUUUUAUUUAAUUGGAUGUAAUUGGGCUCUGAUAUUCAGACGUGUCGCUGUAACUGGUGACUCUAAGCAGCCUACUAAGGCAGAUUUGUGUCCUGAGCAUGUCUCUUAUUUGCAUUAUUUAAGGACAAUAUCUGAUAUUUCUCCACUCCAGAUGUUAGCAUGUGUAUAUUUUGGCACUUGAUUGGGAGGUGGGAGUUAAGUGGGUAAGGGAUUGGACUUUGGAUCAGAAGGUCAUGAGUUUAAAUCCCAGCCACAACAAGCUGCCACUUCUGGGGCCCCUGAGCAAGGCCCUUAACCCCGUAAUUGCUCCGGUGUAUGAUUGAGAUUAAUGUUAGGCAGCUCUGCAUAGGAGCGUGUGCCAAAUGCCAUAAAUGUAAAUGUAAUACAGGGGUUUUUUAUAAAAAAAACACAUUUAUGCACUUUCUUCAUGUCCAUUUCCACAUCUCAUCAUCUCAAGGAGGCAUCAGAGGGUGUGAUGAUGAGGAGGAAUUUAUAUUCGAGCUGUAGCAGGGCAUUUCACAUCAUCUUCAUUGCAGUUCAUUAUUUUCCAUUUCACUGAGAAACAGAUGAAAGUUUCCUGUUUGUAAGAUGGAGGAUGUUGUGGAUCCACUCAGGAAUCUUCAGCUGUUCUGUAAAUAAUGGUGUAAAGGGAAGAUGGAAUCGGUUCAGUGGCCGAUGCGUGUCGAAUAAAAACUUCUUGUCGAUCUUUAUUCGUUUGUGGAACUGAUCAGUGCUGUAAAUAAAGCUUCAGCUGUAGAGCUUCAUGUUUA